AUGUCUAAAUUUACGAAUAUAGCAACAACAUUGGCACUUCUUCUAUUUAUAUUUAGCUAUUGUUUAUUUUCUUACGUAAAAGAUACCGAAUGUGGUUCUACAGCUACUGUUUUUAAAAAUAAUUUGGAAGAAGCUAGAUCUUGUGAAGUAUUUCUUAGUCCAACUAGUAUUUAUUUUCAGGUUUUGAAUGAUAGUUAUACUGCUAUAAAAAUGGUCUUAAAAUGUAGAUCGUUGACUAGCAAAGCGUUGGAAAAUAGUUUUAUAUGUGUCUUUGUAUUCGUUAUAAUUCAAUGUGAUAGAAAUAGAAAUGAAGUUAAUGGUACAGAAAGGAAGAAAAGGUAUCUUAGUAUGUUUAUAAAUUUAGCAUUAGUAUCCACAAUGUUAGCUAAUAAUUUAGAUAAUAAAGUCACCUAA